AUGGCCAAUCUUGGGGAGAGCGAGAUGCUCUACGAUGGAUACGACCAAUACAACAAUGACCGCACCGAUGUUAUCGUCGUGUCUCGAUCAGGUUCCGAGGAUGAACCCGAGUCCGAGCCACUUGCGAAUGAUUUCCCGGCCAUGAUGGCACGAGUCCUUCCCAAGGAUCCCGAAUUAGAGACCGAAGCUGAGACUUAUAACACAUGGCAUAUCAAAGACUGGCGGAAGCUAAAAAAGAAGGAACAUGGACCUAUUUUUGAAUGUGGAGGAGCUCCAUGGCGAAUUCUCUUCUUUCCUUACGGCAAUCAAGUCGACCAUGCCUCGUUUUAUCUCGAGCAAGCUUGGGAAAAGGAGCCCCCGGAGAAUUGGUAUGCAUGUGUACAGUUCUCCUUGGUCUUGUGGAAUGUAAACGAUCCUUCCAUACAUAUUUCUCAUGUUGCUACACAUCGAUUCAAUGCUGAGGAAGCCGACUGGGGUUUCACCCGGUUUGCCGAGUUGAGAAGGCUCUUCCAUAUGGGCUUUGAAGGUCGAGGAACUCCUUUGGUUCAAAAUGAUGAGGCCAUGGUCACUGCCUAUGUUAGGAUCGUAAAAGACGCUACGGGAGUUCUAUGGCAUAGUUUUCAGAACUACGACUCAAAGAAAGAAACUGGGAUGGUAGGUCUGCGAAAUCAAGGCGCGACGUGCUAUCUCAACUCUCUACUUCAGUCAUUGUAUUUUACAAACGCAUUUAGAAAGGCUGUAUAUCAAAUUCCGACCGAUGAAGAGGCUACAAGAGAGAAUAGUGCAUGGACCCUUCAACGGCUCUUCUUUAAUCUUCAAACCAACGAGAACGCCGUCUCUACCACAGAACUUACAGCAUCUUUUGGCUGGGAAUCUCGACAAAUCUUCGAACAACAAGACGUUCAAGAACUAUGCCGCAAACUUAUGGAAAGACUCGAGGAGAAGAUGAAAGGAACACCCGCCGAAAAAGCUCUUCCAGAUCUAUUCGUUGGAAAGACAAAAACAUAUCUCUCGUGUAUUAAUGUCAACUAUGAGUCGUCUCGUGUAGAGGAGUUCUGGGAUAUUCAACUCAACGUCCGAGGCAACAAGACACUGGAUGACAGCUUCAAAGACUACAUUCAAGUCGAAACACUCGAAGGCGAGAAUAAGUAUGAUGCAGGCCCGCCAUACGGUCUCCAGGAUGCCAAGAAAGGCGUGAUAUUUGAAAGCUUUCCCCCGGUUCUACAUCUUCACUUGAAGCGAUUCGAGUACGACAUUAACAGAGAUGCCAUGAUGAAGAUUAACGACCGUCACACCUUUCCAAUGGACAUUGAUCUCAGUCCUUAUCUUUCAGACGAUGCAGACAAAUCUGAAUCAUGGGAGUAUCAGCUUCAUGGAGUUCUUGUACACAGUGGAGAUUUCAAUGCUGGCCAUUAUUACGCAUUUUUGAAGCCUACCAAGGAUGGCAACUUUUACCGUUUCGAUGACGACAAAGUCAUUCGUGCCACCGACAAGGAGGUUCUCGAGGAGAACUACGGCGGAGAAUAUGACUUAUCCAACGGUUCAAUAGCCAUGAAGCAACAAUACGCCAGAGGGUUGUCAACAAAGCGCUCGAUGAACGCAUACAUGUUGGUGUACAUUCGGAAGACACGACUAGACGAUGUGUUACUUCCUAUAACCAAAGAAAAUGUCCCAUCACAUAUAGAAACCCGCUUGGUAGAAGAACGUGCUGAAUUGGCCCGAAGAAGGAAGGAAAGAGAGGAGGCUCACUUAUACAUGAAUGUCGGAGUGCUUGAUGACACGACUUUCCAAGCUCAUCAUGGCUUUGAUCUUACGAGUUCUGAUCUUCCAAGUGGAGACGCCGCUCUACCCAAGUCAUAUCGCAUUCUUCGUACGAAGAAGGUUAGCGAGUUCGCACAGGAGCUUGCUGAGGAGAAGGGAUUAAAUCCGAAACAAGUCCGACUGUGGGUUAUGGUCAACCGACAAAACAAAACGAUCCGCCCUGAUCAGGUGAUCCAGAACACAGACAUGACCAUGGAAGAAGCCUGGAGCCGACUUUCAACUAAGAACAACCCUCUGAAAGUGUGGAUGGAAGUUGGUGAACUUGGGCCAGAUGGCGCUGCGUUGUGGCCAGAGGCUGGCUCCUCUGUCCUCAUAUUUCUCAAACAUUUCGAUGUGCCUAGUCAAACUUUGACAGGUGUCGGAUCGGUGUAUGUUCGUAAGAAUCAAAAAGUGGCAGAUCUUGCACCCACCAUCCUAGAGAAAAUGGGUUGGACACCGGGAACUGAAUUCCUACUUUUCGAGGAAAUCAAACACACGAUGGUUGACCCAAUGAAACCGAAGCAGACUUUCCAGCAGUCUGAGAUACAGGACGGAGAUAUCAUUACUUUUCAACGAUCAUACAAGGAAACCGACCUUCCCCCCACCGCACUGUAUACCGAGACUCGGCAAUAUUAUGACUAUCUUUUGAACCGCAUGAAAGUCAAGUUUGCCCCUCUAAAGAGACAAGGAGACGAGUUUGUCCUUACACUCAGUCGAAAGAUGACGUAUGACCAAUUUGCGAAGAAAGUUGGCGAGCAUCUUGGCAUCGAUUACAGCCAUCUCCGAUUUUGUCCUGUGCUCGCAACUAACGGCAAGCCCAAACAACCUAUUAAGCGAACAAUCAACCAGACAUUGUUUCAGAUCCUAAACGGACAGUAUGGAAGCUACGGGUAUAGCAUGCAUCUGCCAGAUGCCCUUUACUACGAAGUUCUCGAUACGAGUCUUAGUGAAUACGAAACAAAGAAGACAUUGAAAGUGACUUGGCUUAUUGACGGUAUCAACAAGGAGACGACCUAUGAACUGCUUGUACCUAGAACCGGCACUGUCAGCGACGUAUUAGCUGCACUUCAGAAGAAAGCAGAUUUUGAUGACGAGUCAAUGCAGUCUAUCCGAAUAUACGAGGCACAGAACGGCAAGCUUCACAAGGAACUUCGACAUGAUCUUACUAUUACUGGACUGAAUGAAUAUGUGUCGCUUUACGCGGAGAAAAUUCCAGAGGAAGAGCUCAAUAUGCAAGGCGAUGAGCAUCUCAUUACAGCGUUCAACUUCGACCGGGAACCGACCAAGUCGCACGGCAUUCCGUUCAAAUUUGUCGUCAAGCCUGGUGAGAUUUUCAAGCAAACCAAAGAACGAUUAUCGAAACGGACUGGUAUUAAGGGCAAGCAAUUCGAGAAGAUCAAGUUUGCCGUUGUUCCUCACGGGAUUUACCAAAAUCCCAGAUAUCUAGAAGAUGAUGAUAUCCUUUCAGACGUGGCCACCGAAGCUAAUGAUACCUUGGGACUUGACCAUGUGAAUAAGAACCGAAGCUUUUGGAGAGGUGAGACGUUUUCUAUCAAAUAA